AUGGAAAAGUUAGAAACGAAAUUGCUUAAUGCACGUGAAUUACUAGAACUUGAGCUGGGCGAACAGUGUUUUUCAACAGGUGUCUCUGAGAUCGAUAAACUGUUUGGAGAUGGCAUUCCUUCUGGUACAUUUUUUGAAAUUGUUGGAUGCUCUUCCACAGGAAAGACACAGUUAUGUAUGCAACUCUGUGUAAUGGCUCAAAAACGGGGAAAGCGAAAAGAAUCUGUUUAUAUCGAUACAGAGGGUGGGUUUUCUACUCAGCGCCUGAAUGAGAUUGCAUGUGGUCAUUUUGAUAAGGUACCUGGAGACUUCCUCGAUUUGAUAAGACACACUCGUUGUACUGAUCUUGUCCAGUUGACAAGUGCAGUUUGUCGUUUACAGGAUUUGUUGGAGCAGAAUCCAGAAGUGGGCCUGGUUAUAGUCGACAGUAUAGCCAUGCCAUUUCGCGGCGAAACAGACUACACUAAAUCCGCAAUAACUUUGCUUUCCAGUGUACUUUCUCGUAUUGCUGUGUCCUUCAAUUGCUUGGUGAUUUUUUUUGCAUUUUACUUUUUUCAAAAGAUGCCUCGGGAUUAUCAUUCGUGGCAAAAACAGACGAAGAUCGAUCAGGAAAUAGCAGAAACUGUUUCGAAGAUAUCUAAGGACCGCAUAAUUGUUCACAUAACGCGGGAUUUAUUUGCCUUUGUAAGUGCAGAGCAAACACACGGGUUGUUUUUUGAAAUUGCCAUUAACACGAAUGAGUUUUUCUCUUCUUUAACGAUGGCUGGCAUAUCAGAAGAAUUUGAUGAGAUUUAUAUGGAACUUGAUAAAGAUUCGCUUUAUAGGCAGGUUUUUCUUUUACAGCAAGAUCAAGCUUCAAAGUGCCAGAUUGCGGUUUUCUUACCAUCGCUGAGCGUUUUGCGCAGUUUCGUAACGUCUGUCAAGAAUAUGGGAGUUAAACACCUGAUUUAUUUUACUGGACUAACAAAUACCUCUGUGGAUGAACCGGACGAAGAUCCAAAUACAUUUCAUGAUGUGCAGGUUUCGGUACGAGAAGUUCACUUAUUUAUUCGAAGUGUGAACACAAAUUUUACUCUGUCACGUGUUCUUCUAAGAAUUGUUCCGGACUCUUUGGCUUCGUUAUCGAUCACUCAGCAAGAUGCAUCCUUCACUUUCAUUACCAGUGCUGUGGUCACUUAA